AUGGCGAAUAUUGGAGAUGAGACGGAUGAGGAGCUUACAGGCCCCCCUGGAGCCACCGCCUCAGCGCACGGAAUGGGUCCUGCGCCUUUCAUGCAGCCACCGCCUACAAACCCUUUUCAGCCAACGAGCCCUACCAAUGCUGGAGGUGAAAUUGCUAUGACAGCUGCCGACUUGAGAGUUCUUAUGCAACGCAUGUCGGAGGCCACACAGGCUGCCAGUGCGGCUGCUCAAGCCGCCGCUUUUGCAAGCACGGCCCAAGGUGUUCGACCUAUGGGUGUUGGAGAUCUGACCAAGGUGCUACCGAAGCCGGAUCCGUUCCGGCCCACUACGAGAGAUGAGGAGUUUGCGCAAUGGCCUCAGUGGAGCUGGACGUUUGAACAGUAUUUAUCGUGCUUGGAACCAGAGUUCAGCAGCGAGCUUCGUGAGUAUGGCCGGCAGCAGACAGCAGUGAUCUUGAGUUCUCUUGAUGAUGGUGCCAAGCGGCGGUCUCGGCUGCUGUACGGCAUGUUGAAUGGCCUACUGUAUGAACGCGGCAGGCGACUGUUGCGAUCUGUUCAGGAGCAGAACGGGUUUGAGGCAUGGAGACUGCUCAGCAAAGAUCUUAUGCCAAAGACCCGCAAUCGAGUUUUAGCUUUGCUGCGUACGAUCAACAGCUGGCCGUCUUUUGCGGCCCAACAAGGACUUGCCCAGCAGCUGCUGCGACUUGAAAGCGCCUUUGAGGAGUAUGAGCGCCUCGAGCCAGGCGGUCUCCCGGAGAACAACAAGAUGGCCACUCUCCUCAGUUGCUUGACAGGCCAGCUCCGUCAGCAUGCCAAUGUAGUCAUAUCUGAAGACAGCACGUACAGUGAUUUGCGUGAGCUUGUGCUGCGUUGGGAUGGAGCUAACACGAAGUGGCAAACCAGUGUUGCUUCGAGUUACGGCCUGAGUGAUGGAAAGAAAGGCUUGCAUGAUACCGGCGAUGUUGCGCCGAUGGAUAUAGACCGUGUGCAUGCAAAAGGUGAUAAAGGCAAAGACCGCAAGGGCAGGCCCAAAGGCGGCAAAGGCGACAAAGGCAAAGACGGCAAGGGCAAGCACAACAAAGGCAGCAAAGGCGAUGCAGGCAAAGGCGACAAGGGCAAGAGCAAGGGAGGUAAGGACAAAGGUGGCAAUGCAAAGGGCAAUUGGCCCUCCGUGUGCAGUUGGUGCCAGAAGCCGGGGCACUACAAGCGUGACUGCUUUCAGUUCAAGGCCUACAUGCAAGGCCAUCAGAAAGGUGCCCGGCAGGUUCAGGCCAACUCUUCUGCAGCGUCCGAUGCCGGCACUAGCACGACUGCCCCAUCUUCUGCGAGUGCCCUUCAAGCCCAGCAAGGCAAAGCAGGACAGUCCACCGUUCGCCGUGUUGCGGCUGAGCCACUUGUUUUCGACAUGUCAGACCUGGAGGAUCCGUUUCCUUAUGAGCCCAAUGUCUGUAUGAUCACUGUGACUGCGCCACAGAGUUAUGCAAUGGAUUCCCAGGAUGAUGAUGACCAGUGGACCCUGCCUCCUGAUGACUAUGCUGUGCUUGACUUGGCGCCGAGUCCUGCUACUGCGUGUGUUCGAGCAGUGACUGACGCAGGCCAGUGUGUGAUCAUCGACUCGGGUGCCGACAUCUCUUGCAUCCCUGAGACUUUUCAGUCUUGUGGCCGUGCCGCUCGUGCACGACCGCUGCAGGUUCAAGAUGCCCAAGGGGGCGCGAUGAAGAUUCAGGCCGAACGGUUGAUAGAGUUUGUGCUGUUUGGUGGGCCCCGGCCCGUGGUCAUUCGUGAACGCUGCAUUGUGGCAAAGGUCAAGGUGACAAUGCAGGCGCAGGUCCUAUGUGCUUGCGCCACCCACGGAGUGGGCCAAGACUUGAUGUACUACAAUCCAGGUGCAGGUGAGGUCAACAACCACUCUGAGGACGAAGUGAGCGAGAGCGAGGUCCGUGAUGCCAACAGCCAGGUCCGUGAUGCCAACAGCCAGGUCCGUGAUGCCAACAGCCAACAGGUUCGUGAUGCCAACAGCCAACAGGUCCGUGAUGCCAACAGCCAACAGGUUCGUGAUGCCGACAGCCAACAGGUCCGUGAUGCCGACAGCCAACAGGUCUGUGAUGCCGCAUGCAGUCAUUCCCAGUUUCAGGUCACAGGUGAGGUCCAAGAGGUGUGCCCAAGCCAGGUGCAAGUUGCGUCCAUCCAGGUGCGUUUUGAGGCUAAGACGCUUGAGUCUCUCGAUUUCGGAUGGCAAGUCAGUUCGUCUGGUCACCUGGUGUGGAGAGGUCGCACAAGUAGGUUUGUCGAUCCGAGUUUCAUGGCGCCAAUCGGCUGGCCUCUCAGGAGCACCCUCAUUUGCCGCAGUGGGACUUGGUUUCUGCUUGAGCACUGCGUGCCGUGGGCUGACUUGAAAGAGGUUGAAGCCGUUUUGCCCGGAGGUCAGGUUGCUGAGGUAAUUUCAUUUUUGCACGUGCAGGUUGAGCCCGUGUCAGAGAUAGGUGUGCAGCUCCCUGCAGGCAUGACCGAACCACAAGGUCUGCCAGAGCCAGAUUUUUAUCAUUUUCGAGCAGAGACUGAGCAAGCGCCUGUCGGGACAGUUGAGCAUGAUCGUGUGGUGCCCGAUGAUGAGGCUAUGCAAGGCCUAGAGGAUGCAGCUGGACAACCGAGCCCAGCGCCAAUGCCACUGCCCGACCAGUUGGAAGCUGGAGAGCCAACCGACAAUGUCGAGCCGCUGAGCCUUGAUGGUGUGCUCAUUGCGCAUGACUCCAGCCUAGCUGUUCUGAAAACUGCGGCAGCCAAGCUGAACCUUAGUACGGCUGGCUCCAAGUCCCGCCUCUUCAGCCGUGUCAAGGGAUAUCUUGAGAAGCAGCGUUUGGCCUUAGAGUUGGAGCUUGCUGCCGAUGCUCAGUCCUCAGGUGAGAGGCAACCCAGGGUUCAACCAGUCGCAGCCGCGCCCACCGAGGCAGAACGAUUCCUUCAUGAGUGCACCCGCGUGCCUUUCAAGCCAUGGUGCCCACACUGCAUCAGCAUGCGAGCAAUGCCCGAUCGGAGUGAGUACUUGAAGGAGGGCCCCCGCGACAACCCAAUUAUUCAAUUUGAUUUUUCAUUUUCAGGGUACAGUGUGCCAGACGGCAUUUGCCACCUCGAUGCAGCUCCUGAGGACUCCCAGCGUGCACUUAAGUGCCUUGUGGCACAUGACAGCGCUACUGGCAUGAUCGCAGCGAUUCCAUGUGAGUCCAAAGGCGACACAAGGUACCUAGGCAUCGAGCUUAUGAGGUUCAUCCAAAGCCUCGGUCACACCACCGUGACCCUGAAGUGCGACAACGAGCCCUCCACUCUGACUCUGCAGCGAGCUAUCGUCACAGCGCGGCAACGGCUCGGGUUGCAGACGCUUGUUCAGAAUCCUGCCAUAGGUGCCAAAGGUUCUCUAGGCUUUUGUGAGAAGGCCAUUGACUCGGUGCGGAAGCUUGCAAACACUUUGCUUGAUCAGGCUCGUCACCGCACCGGCCUUCCCCUGCCUACAACGCAUGUUCUGUUUGCCUGGGCUUUUGUGCACAGUGCGUGGCUGCUCAACAGAUACAGAGUGAUUGGCAACAUGACAGCCUAUGAAAGGGCCUGUGGGGCUAAGUACAGUGGGCGAAUUGCGCCGUUCGCCGAACCGGUUUACUGCCAGCUUGAUGUUAAGCAGAAAGGCGACAAGCGGUGGAUGCUUGGAAUCCUGGUGAGCAAAUCCUCGCUCAACGACAUGUACAUCAUUGCUGGCAAGGACGGAAUACGACUGUCACGAUCCAUCCGCCGUGUGGGUCAACCUUGGGAGCUUGAAGUGCAGCUCUAUCGUGAGCUGAAGGGCUACCCUUGGGAUUAUGGAAGUGGUGUUAUAGGCACCAAGUUUGUGGCAAUGCCGAAGCAACGGCCAGCGGCUGUGGAUCCAGUGCGGGAUGGUGCACCGCCAAGGUCCCCUGAUGAGGCUGCGAGCGAGCCUCCAACACCUGCAGUUGAGGCACUGGGGAUGCCGGUUACGCCGUUGGGCGGGGCCGGAGCAAUGGCGCCACCGAGGCGCAAUGUGCCUCCUCCUGAGAGUGCUCGAGCAAUUCCAGAUGAGAGCAUGGCUGGUCCCGACGGCUGGGAAGUGCAGACCAAGCUGUGGUCCAUGGAGUCCGAGACGGACGACAGUUUCAUGAAUGAGGUGAAGGCCAAUCCCGAAGGGGAAGUGGCCGAAGAUGAUGACAGACUGUGGUUUCCCGACAAUGGAAGGGAGCCAGAGCUCGAUGAUGCCAUUUUGGCCGAGCUUGACAACCUUGCUGAUCAAGUUGAGGUCAGCAGACUGCUGAAGAAAUCUGUGCUAAGGCAUGCCACGAGUGAUGAUGAUCUGGGUUCGAUGAAGAGCCUCACUACAAAGUUUGUUCGAACGUGGCGGCACAAGAAGCGGAAUGGGGUUCCUUCAUGGUACCGCCGAUCCAGACUGUGUGCUCGGGAGUUUCGGUGGUUGGAUGAGUCCAAAGAAGGGUUGUUUAGCCCUGCUACAAGCACGGACAUUGUGCGCCUCAUCCCGGCGCAGUGGCUGAAUUGGAAGCAAUCGCGGCCAUCCGAGCAGUAUGCCAUUUUGGCGCUCGACGUGAAAGAUGCAUACCUUGAGGUUCCCCAGCCGACGCCAGUGGUUUCCAAAGUGCAAGGUCAAGACCUCGUGUUCAUGCGAAUGGUUCCGGGGCAACGUGAAGGAUCACAACAGUGGUUCUCACACUUCUGCGAGUAUCUCGGAGAGCACUUCGUGAUUGAAAAGUGCAAGGAGUGCCCUGCGGUAGUGCAUGUCAGCAGCAAGCCAGGAUCUGAUGGAGUUUGUGCAGACAAGGGUCCGGGCAUGAUCCAUGUUGAUGAUUCCUUACUUCUUUUGCCGCUCCAGUGGGCCCGCGAGUGCUUUCUUCCAGUGAUUGAACAGCGAUUUCAGAUCACGUAUGAGCUUGCAUAUGAGGUGGGUCAUUCUUUCAGUUUCCUCAAGCGUGAGCAUACGAUUACAGAACAGGGUAUUGUGAUUCGGCAACCCUCUUCCUACAUUGAGCAGAUGAAGCAGACCAUGAAUGUCACGCAAAACAACCGACAACGGGUUCCAUGUUGGAGUGAACUUCGUGCUAAGGACACCACCCGUGAGCUCAACCACACCGAUGCAAGCAAGUUUCGACAAGCAGUGGGAACAGCCUUAUACAUAUCUUGCGACCGGCCCGAUGUGGGCUAUGCUGUGCGCAUGCUUGCAAGCUACAUGGCGAGGCCGACUGAGCAUGCAAAGGUUGGUUUGAUCAAGCUGAUCCAGUACCUUAUCAACACAUGUGAUUAUGGGAUCCUGAUGAAGUUUGCCGCUCCUGGGACAAGGAAACUGAACGGUUAUGUGUAUGAUUCUGGUUGUGCAGAUGACGCUGAGCGUAAUGUACUGGAGGUGUUUUCGGAUGCCGACUGGUCAGGGUCGAAGAAGGAUCGUCGAUCAUAUGGUGGAGCGAGUUUCUGUGUGAACGGACAAUAUGUCCACUACAUCUGUAGAUCUCAGAAGUGCAUCAGUUUGAGUUCGAUGGAAAGCGAGUACUACAGUGCUGUGGGAAGCGCGUGCCAGGGGCUGUUCAUGAAGGCUGUGAUCGAGUUUAUGAGCCGGAGCCCCUGCGACCGGAUCCUGUAUGUUGACAACCAAUCGUGCAAGGCCUUCUGUUUGCGUCAGGGAGUUACAAAAGCCAGCAAGCAUUUCGAGGGCCGGCUAUUGUGGUUGCAGGACAUUGUUCAGCAGAAGCGGCUGCGAGUGGCAAUGCUUUUGCUUAUGAUGCCGAUUCCUGCGGAAGCGAGUGCAGUGACAAGUGUCAACAUGAGUGCAUGCUUCUUCCUUGCAGUGCUUGUUUCGAUGUACAUGGCAGUGUAUGCAAUGGAGAGCACGGCAGAGCAUGGUGCCAAUGGUGGUGAUGAAGGAUGGCUGUAUAUUGCAGCACCCGGCGGGCCGUGGUACCGUCGUGGGGCAAUGUAUGCCGCUUGUGUUAUGAUGGCGACAAUUGCUUGGAGCCUUGGGUCAAUUUCGGCCGGUUUCUUUCGUGAUCGCAUUGAGGUCCGAGAACUUGGAGCUUUGUGUUCGGCUCUAUGGGAUGAGCAGAAGGACGAUAAGAGGGCGCUUCACGAGCUGAAGCGCGAGAAUCGUUCAUUGCGGGACGAGAACGCGAUGAUACAACUUGAGUUCUAUGAAAUGCCUCACGGAAGGCAGUGUGCAAUGCGUGAUGCUACCACGCAGACAUGA